AUGGAGCGGCCACCCGUCCAGGCCAGCAGCCCGCCGCGCGUCCUCACCGAGCUGCUACCUUCAAAGACCAGUCCCCAGCCUACAAUCAACGUGUCGUUCGCCAUGUCUUUCAGAGUAGACGGGCAGCAGGAUAGCCGGUGCGCGGAACUAAAGAAUGAACACAACGUGAACUCCACCUAUACAAGGAGCUACGAACCACCGCUGCACUUACAGCAGGCGGUACUCCCCAAUGAUCAGCAGCGACUACUCCUCAAGGAAAACGGUCUAAGCCACGGCAAAGAACAUAUUUGCAAAACAUGCUCCAAGAAGUUCGCCACACGAUAUUCUCUUAAGCUUCACUCGCGUACGCACACAGGAGAAAAGCCACACAUGUGCGCACAGUGCGGGAAGCGGUUCAGCCAACGCCGUAACUACCGCUACCACCUGUCGCUACACUCCGGUUCGAGAGAGUUCGAGGCAUCGUGUCCGGUGUGUGCCAAAGUGUUCAGCGACCGGGGCUACCUGAGCUCCCACAUGAAGAUCCACCGCGACCAGCGCGAGUACGCCUGUACCGAGUGCGGGAGGCGGUUCAACCAGCGCGUCGCCUACAACACGCACGUGCGUACACACACCGGAGAGCGGCCGCACCGCUGCACCGUCUGUGGCGAGACCUUCUACCGCAAGGCGCUGCUCAGGCAGCACAUGGAGAACCACACCGAAGAGCAGACUCCCGCCUGUCUGGAGAGCGGCAAGCGUUCGCCGGAGCGCAGCCACUUGCCGGUACACGAGAGGUCGCCCGCGGGCCUGCCGCCGUACGUGUGCGCGCACUGCGGCUGCAGCUUCGCGCAGAAGCACCAGCUGCGCUCCCACGUCGCCUGCCACGCUGGCGCCGUCGCAGUGGACGGCGGCCGCCUGUCUGAGGAGCCGCCUCCGUCGCGCAGCUCCAGCGUCAUCAUCAGCACGCCGCCGCCUGCGAUCCUCAACGCCGCGGUUUCCAGCGCGGCGUCGCACCUACCUCCGCCUCCGCCGCGGCUGCCGCCACAGCCAGCACCGGUGCUGUCGCUACCGUCCCAGAACGUCGCCGUCGGCGUAUCAGAGUUCGAUGCCACGUAA